UGCAACAGCCACAGUACUUCCAGUCCCAGACCCGGACCUGGAAAUGCAACCAGCACCAGAACCAUUGCCAGCAUUGACGCCAGCGCUUGCAAACAUAUCUUCAACCCCAAUGCCAAAGGGCGCCAGCGAGCCUGAACUGGCAGAAGCAGCAGACAACCAGACCCAAGAGGCUCAGCCAGAGCCUGAAACAACACCUGGUGCACCAGCGGAGAGUGGUUCACCAGCCACGAAAACAACCUCAUCACCUACAUCGCUUCCCAAAGGACCAAGCCGAAGUCCACAGUCUGAGGAGGAACUGGUGUCUCCAACCUCCAGGAAACAGUUCCAGACUGAGCAGGAGGCAGAUGACAGCCUUCAGAAAGCUUGGGCGGCGGCAUGGAGCACCUCACUGCCUCUCAGCUCUUCUAACUGAUCCUGGUUUGUUAUAGAACAAGGGCUUUUAUAUAGGGAGACUCUUUCUGGUGGACACCAGGAAGACUGGCAUCCAC